UUAAAUCAUAGUUGAAUGAGCUUGAAAAAGUUGUAUAAAUACUGGACAUCCUGUCAUCUUUGUCACUCGUGGUCAUCUGAUUCCAAUUUCGUGAGGUUUCUUCUAGUCUACUUCUGGAGCAUCAUGAAAUUUUUCUUGGUACCUCUUUUCUUGGCCUCCGUUGCCAUGGCUGCCGACAUGGGCAUGAACAUCGCCGGAGGAGCCUACAAUUUCGGAUACAACACUGGCGAUGCUGGUGGUCACAGCCGAGUGGAAUCCGGUAGUGGAAGCUCGGUGGCCGGUAGCUACAGUUACGUUGACGCCAAUGGUGACCGCAGAACCGUCCAGUACACAGCCGGACCCGGAGGAUACCAGGCCAGUGGUGAUGUUGGAGUGGACAGGAGAACAGCCGCAGCUGCAGCUGCUCUAGCUGCCAUGGCACCCAAGGCACCAGUCCCAGCACCUGUAGCUGCACCUGCUGCACCCUGGUACAAUCCUGUACCAGUCGCUCCCGCCAUCGUAGCAGGUCCUGGAGGAUACAUGGCAAAGUGGUGAAGAACGUCUUGCUGAUGUCAGAGCUUUAAAAUAUGAGAUGUUGAACCCUUUGUUAAAUCUUAUAGGAUUUUUAUGCUAAGGCGUUCGCAUUUUGUAUUUGUACUUCAAAAGCAUUUGUGGAACACGAAUUUUUUAAAGAUUUUAAUAAAUGCUUGUUUCCAUAA